AUGAAAGCGUUUGCAUUAACCAGUUUUCUUGGCAUAGCCUAUGCUUUCUUAAAAAAUAUUGAAUCUACUUAUAAAGAAUCUUUAAAUCUAUUACAAAAUCCAUCACAAAAACCAUCACAGAAUUCACCGCAAAAUUCAUUAUUGCAUGUAGCUGAAGAAAAUAUUUUUGCUUUAAUUCUAAAAGAUGCAGUAAAUAAUGGAUGCCAAGAAAAGCUAAAAAAAUACUGUGAAGAUUUAAAAAAGGUGAGUCAAAUGCUAAAAAGCUCCUUCAAAGCAUUAGAAGAACUAUGCCAAGAAACGGAACUAGAUGAAAAGUGCAAUGAUUUAAAAAAAACUAUUACAGAAAGAUGUACUAUACUUAAAAAAAGUUUACAAGGUAUCCAAAAUAAACCGUCUGUAAGUUCUUCAGAUUGUCUGUAUCAAAAAGAAUGUAUGCUUAUAGAAGAAGCAUGUCCAACGGAAGUUAAAGAAAGAUGCAAUUAUUUAAGAGCAUUUUGUAGAGAAAAAAGACGAGAUGAUCUGAAAACAAAAUUUCUUUUAAGAGCCUUAUCUGGCAGUUUGAAAACUAAAGAAGAGUGUGAGAAAAUAAUUGACAAAAAAUGUCUUCUGUUCAUGGGAGAAAGUGAUGAAUUAAUGAAAUUUUGUCUGACUCCCUUAAAUAGAUGUGAAGACCUCAUAAAAUUAAUGGAAGAAAAGUGUAGUAGUUUACAACUUAAUGUAAAAGAAUUCCCUGGGAAUACUAAAAUAUCAAAAGAAAAAUGUAAUUUGUUACUUGAGGAAUGUUAUUUUCAUAACUCAAAUUGCAAUAACGCUCUUAAUGAUAAAUGUAGAGAAAUAGAAAGAACAUGUGAAAAAGAAGUAAAAUACAGACAUUCUUCUUUACCAUUUAAUCCAAUAGGAAAAGAAAUUAUAUUAAUAGAAAAAGUUGGAAAAGAAAAAUUAUUCAAAGACGAAAUUGGAAAACCAGGGAUAAAAGAUACGAUUGAUCUUUUAGUAUUAUUAUCAAAUAAUUAUUUAGAUGAUUGCAAAACUAAUAUUGAAAGAUGUCAUAAACUUUGUAGCCUUUUACCUCAAUUAAAGGAUUUAUAUGACGGUACUAAAGAAAAAAUGAAUAAAAGCAAAAAAAUAUGUAAUACCUUAAAAGAAGAAUUGAAAUCUAAGUGCAAGUUUUUUAAAUCAAAAUUAUAUGAUUUGUCACUAUCAAAUACUAAAGACAAUGAAGAUGCUGCUCUUAUAGAAUGGACCAGGCAAUCUAUUGAGUUUAAUGAAAAGCUUUGUAUAGAUUUAGAAUCAAAAUGUUUUUAUUUAAAAAAACCUUGUGGUGAUGAGGGCAUUAAAAUGUCUAAUGCAUGCAUCAAUUUAGAAUCAACAUGUUUAAAAACACGGCUUUUCAGAAAAGAGUAUCAAGUAUUUCAGGGUAUAUUAAAAGGAAAACUGCAUAAUUUAACAAAGAAUUCACUUAAAAUGUGCAUAGAUGAACUAUGGACUCUAUGUAAGAAAAUAAUUAACAAUGAUAAUGCCAUAUUGAUGAAUCUUUGUCUACACCCAUGGGAUACUUGUAAGGAACUUGCAAAUAAUAUCGAAAGGCAGAGUAAGUGGCUUAGAAACGAUCUGGAUCAGAAAAGGGAUUUUCCGGAUGAAGAAGACUGCAAAAAACUAAAAGAGAAAUGUGAAGUGUUAGGACAUGAUUCAAAAAUGAACGACUUACCAUGUCUUACACUAAAAGAACGAUGUGGUCAUUUGAAAAGUGCUAAGGAAUUAGAAGAAAUUUUAUUAAAAGAAAAUGUAGAAAAAUUGGAUGAUUUAGAUAUAUGUAUAAAAAAAGUUUCAGAAAAAUGUAAUAAAUGGUCUAAAAGAAAGAGAUCAGAAUUUAUUCUUUCAUGUAUACAAUUAAAUGCUACUUGUCGAAUAAUUAUUGAAAGUAUUAAAUCUAAAUGUACUAUAUUAGAAAGAAACAUAGAUAUUGAGGACGUUCUAGAUCAAGUGAAGAAUAAUGAUACAAAUAUAAAAGGAGAAGCAUGCGACUUUUGGGAACCUUAUUGCGAUAAGCUUCUGCUGAACUGUGAGAAACUUGUUAAAGAUAAUGGGAACGAUGGAAAAUGUAUAAAAUUAAAAAAGAGCUGUAUAUUAUACCGAACAGAAGAAAAUCAAAAGAUGGAACUUAUGUAUGAAUUAAGAGGAAGUCUCGAUAACAAAAAUAAAUGUAAAACAUCUCUUGAUAGAUUUUGUUUGUUCUGGGAUGAAACAAAAAAUAAUACAUUUAAGAAUCUCUGUCAUGAUGACAAUGGUACUAAAAAUGAUACAGCUAGAGAUGAACUAUGUGUAAAGCUCGUAGAUAAAAUGAAAAAAAAAUGUACAGAAAUGUUCAUAAGAUUAAAUGAUUCAGCAACAGAGAUAGAAAAAAGUCUGGAUAUUGCUGGAAAAUUAAUUCAAACAGCAAAAAAAGCAUUAAGAAGUGUAAAGCUUACUUUAAUUUCAAAUAGACGAAGAACAUGUCUUAAUAUACAUAAUUGGAAUACUAAGACAAAUGCAAAUUUAAAAAGAGAUACAACUCAAAAUCAAUUAGAGUAUUUGGAACAAAAGGAAAUAGAAGUAAAUAUUACAGAAAAAGAAGUUGAGGCAUUUGAUGCAGCAACAGAAGCGUUAAAAGUCUAUAAAGAAGUGGAAGAAGAGUGCAGAAGUCUACUGUUAAAAUGUAAAUUUAAGGAGGAUUGUUCUGAACACAAAAACACAUGCAAGAAAAUCGAAGAAACAUGCAGUAAAUUGGGGUCAUUGGGAGUCAGAUCUUCAGAAACAAAAAUCACUACAGAAACAAAAAUCACUACAGAAACAGAUAAAAAUACAACGCAAGAAACAGCGACAACAGGAGAACAAUGUACGUCGAUUCCUAGAGACAAGUGGAUUACGCGUACAUUAACACAUACAUACAUACCUACAGAAAUAUCUAUAGAAACAUUAACUGUAACAUUGACGUCAACGCAGGAAUGUCAACCGGUCAGAUGUACUACUGGAAGUGAAGAUGAAACAGGGGAUGUAAAGCAAAAUGAAGGAUUAAAGAUGAAUGGAUGGGGUCUGAUGAAAGGAGUAAUAUUAACAAUGAUUAUUUCAACUAUGAUUUAA